AUGCAGUUAACUGAGGCGACCGAUGUCGCACAACCAUGGACCCUCGUUGAACUAGAGUCUACUUUACGCAAUGCAAGUAGGUCAACCGAGUUCGUACUGCCCGCCGAGUGUUUCACUAUGAUUAACUCAAUCACCGCGAUCCGCAUGCAACUCUUCUCGCUUUGUAAUCGGCACGAGAUGGACAAUAAACAAAAUGACACCACAGACAAUCAGAGUCCCACAGAGCUUUCCAUGUCGCAGCCAACAUCGGUACGGAUGUACACCGAGACGGAGGCCUUCCUUGAGGGCGUUCAUCGCCAGAUGAGCGUUAUCCUGACAGAUCACCUACUGUCAGUCCUAUCUACCGUCUUAAAUCGGUUAGCACGGUACGACGAGGGCACCAUCCUCUCCUCUAUCCUCACACUUGCUAAGUCAGAUAAUGAGGAUGGAAAGAACUACAUUCACUUCAUUGAAAUCAAUCUGCAAAGUUUGUGCCACAAUCUCAUCGACGACGUAUAUCUCUUGUCCAUAUUUGAGCGGUGGUACGUAGGCCAGUUGCGACAGGUGGAUGACUGGUUAGCUCAACGGCAAGAGAGCGUCUUAACAGCUCAUCAGAUAAAAUAUCUUUCAGCGAUUGUUCGGAAGGUAUUUCAGGACUUUGAACUACAAGGAGUGGCCACGCAUGUGUUGGAUAAUGUAGCAUACAAGAACGUCUGUCACCGUCUUCAGGUUGAAGAAACGACACUGUCCGUCUCCUCUUCCCUCUCCUCCCGUCAAACUUCUCGGGCUCCAAGCCAGUCCAACACACCGGACACGCGGCGAAAGUGGAUGAAGGUCAUCGAGGGCGGCAUUAGUAGCAUUGCUCAGGGCACCGGCCUUCGACCACGACAAUCUUGA